GCUCUCGCAGUGACGUCAUUAAGCAGGGUGCUGUGGAGAGGCUUGCGCGCACACACUCGCUCAGUUUCACACACACGCACGCGCAUACUCACUCACUCACUCACUCACAUUCACACUCACACACACCAAGCACGAACCAGCAGCAGCAGCAGCAUCGCAGGCGGCGGGACGCGGCAGAGAAAGGAGCCUUUUAUUUUCUUUUUUUCUUUUUUUCUUUUAUGGGAGCGACCCCCGCUCGCUGCUCAAGCCCACUCCACGCUUCUUUUUACCCGCGGUCUCGCGUUCAGCCGGUGCCGCUGCAGAGCAGAGGGUGACCGGUCCUGAUUUCGUUCUUAUUUUUGUUUUACUGCCGGUUUCUCUGCUCCGAUUAAAGUGCUGGUCGACCGUCGCCAACAUUCCCUACAUGAGCGCGCGGCCCCUGAGCGCGUCGCCUCUGCAGGCUCUGUCGGCUCUGUAGGCUGGAGAAGCUGGAAAAUACCCCUUCCCUCCUCGGUUCGAGACGUCCUGCGAGAAUUUAGAGCCCUCCUUUAGCCUGUGCUGGCCGGCGGAGGGACCGAAGGCUCGACGCAGGAGGAUUUGAUGAGGUGUUCGUCUCCAGCCCUGCACACCCACCUUCUCCUCCUCCUGAGUUUCCAUUAGCGGUGCUGGCGGUGUCACCGCGCCGGGAGAACAUGCUGGCUGCCGGACUGUUCGCCUUCGGAUUCUGCCUCACCGCGGAGGUCCUGGUUCCUGCCGGAGCCGUUGAGGCUCCGAAGACCUGCAGCUCCAAGCAGUUUGCGUGUAAAGACCAGUUGACAUGCAUUUCCAAUGGCUGGCGCUGUGAUGGAGAAAAGGACUGUCCAGACGGCUCGGACGAGUCUCCGGAUAUCUGUCACCAAAGUCAGACGUCACAGUGCCCCCCCAACGAGUUUGAGUGUCGAGGGACAGACGUGUGUAUUCACCUGAGCAAAGUGUGUGACGGCAUCUCGGACUGCAUGGACGGACGGGACGAAGGACAUCACUGUCUUGAAUUUGUCCAUAACUGCAGCACCAUGGGCUGUCAUGAUCACUGCUCCAUCACCCCCUCCGGACCCAAGUGCUACUGCAGGAAUGGCUUUGAGGUUGGAGAAGACGGCAAGGCCUGCAAAGAUUUUAAUGAAUGUGCAGUCUAUGGCACGUGCAGUCAGACGUGCAUGAACACUGAUGGCUCCUACACCUGCAGCUGUGUGGAGGGCUACCUGCCUCAGCCGGACAACCGCUCCUGCAAGGCCAAGAAUGACCCCGUGGACCGUCCUCCAUACCUUCUCAUUGCCAACUCCCAGAACAUCCAGGCAACCUCUCUGAAUGGGGCCAACCCUGUCUCCAUCGACACUCGCAAGACCACCGCUAUGGACUUCAUCUAUGCUGAGGAGACGGUCUGUUGGAUCCAUGUUGGGGACACGUCCAGCGGCACACAGCUCAAGUGUGCCAAAUUCUCCAAUGCUAAGAGCUUUACUGAUGAGAGAACAGUCAACAUCUCCCUCAGCCUUCAUCAUGUGGAGCAGAUGGCCAUCGACUGGCUGACAGGGAACUUCUACUUCGUAGACGAUGUGGAUGACCGCAUCUUCGUUUGCACCAAAGAUGGUUCCACCUGCAUCAUCCUGCUAGACCUGGAACUCUACAACCCUAAAGGCAUUGCACUAGACCCGGCAAUGGGUAAGAUGUUCUUCACAGACUACGGGCAGAUCCCCAAGGUGGAGCGCUGCGACAUGGACGGGCAGAAUCGCACCAAGCUGGUCGACAGCAAGAUUGUCUUCCCACACGGCAUCACACUCGACCUGGUCAGCAGGCUGGUGUACUGGGCUGAUGCUUAUCUGGACUACAUUGAGGUGGUGGACUAUGAGGGCAAGAACAGACACACAAUCAUUCAGGGCCUGCAGAUCGAGCACCUGUAUAGUCUAACAGUGUUUGAGAACUACCUGUAUGCCACCAAUUCAGACAACGCCAACACGCAUCCUAAGACCAGCGUGAUCCGUGUGAACCGCUUCAACAGCUCAGACUUACAGGUGGUCACGAGAGUGGACAAGGGUGGAGCUCUGCACGUCUACCACCAGAGACGUCAGCCUGCUGUGCGCAGUCACGCAUGUGCUCCUGAUCAGUUCAAAAAGCCAGGAGGCUGCUCAGACAUCUGCCUACUGGCAAACAGCCACAAGAGUCGAACAUGCCGCUGCCGCUCUGGAUUCAGCCUGGGCAGCGACGGCAAAUCCUGCAAGAAACCAGAGCACGAACUGUUCCUGAUCUACGGUAAAGGUCGACCGGGUGUUAUCAGGGGCAUGGAUCUGCAUGCCAGAGUGUAUGAUGAGCACAUCAUUCCCAUUGAGAACCUAAAUAACCCCAGGGCUCUGGACUACCACGCUGAGACGGAGUUCAUCUACUUCAGUGAUGCUACGACCUACACCAUCGGCCGGCAAAAAAUCGAUGGCACUGAGAGGGACAUUAUCGUGAAGGACGGAAUACACACUGUUGAGGGAAUAGCUGUAGACUGGAUGGGUCAGAACCUGUACUGGGCAGAUGAUGGACUUGAAAAGACAAUCAAUGUGGCAAAGCUGGAGAAAGCCUCCCAGACUCGCAAGACCCUCAUCGAGGGCAAGAUGACCCACCCACGAGCCAUAGUUGUGGACCCUGUACAUGGGAUGCUGUACUGCAGUGACUGGCAAGAAGACUCCAGAGAUGCAAAUCGUGGCAGCAUUAGAAAAGCCUGGAUGGAUGGCUCCAACUUUGGCGUCCUUAUCUCCUCCAAAAACAUGCUUUGGCCUAAUGGCCUGAGCCUGGACAUCCAGCAGGGCAUACUCUACUGGGUGGACGCCUACUACGACCGUAUUGAGAUGGUGCUGCUUAACACCACCGAACGCAGGACGGUGUAUGAGGGGCAGGAGCUGAACCACCCCUUUGGCCUCUCACACUACAAGAACUUCCUGUUCUGGAAUGAGUAUCGGAUCGGGAGCAUUUACAAGCUGGACCAGAUCACCAAGAAGGUCACACUACUGCGCAAUGAACGACCUCCAAUCUAUGAGAUCCGCACAUACGACGCACAGCAACAACAAAUUAUAGGCCACAAUUUGUGCCGGGCCAAUAACGGAGGCUGCAGCAGUCUGUGCUUGUUAACCCCAGUGGGGCGUACCUGCGCUUGCGCUGACGAACAGAUCCUGGACUUGGACAACAAAACCUGUAAAGCCAAUCCAUCCUAUGUACCUCCACCUCAAUGUCAGCCGGGAGAGUUUGCCUGUAAGAAUAACCGCUGCAUCCAAGAGCGCUGGAAAUGUGACGGAGACAACGACUGCUUGGACAACAGCGACGAGACCCCAGAGCUUUGCCACCAGCAUACUUGCCCAGCUGACCGCUUCAAGUGCCAGAACAACCGAUGCAUCCCCAUGCGCUGGCUCUGCGAUGGAGACAAUGACUGUGGCAGUGAUGAGGAUGAAUCCAACAGCACCUGCUCAGCUCGCACAUGUCCUCCUAACCAGUUCCCGUGUGCCAGUGGCCGCUGCAUCCCCAACUCCUGGACCUGUGACCUGGACGAUGACUGUGGAGACCGCUCUGAUGAACCAGCCUCCUGUGCCUACCCCACUUGUUUUCCACUCACACAAUUCACCUGUGCUAAUGGACGCUGCAUCAAUGUUAACUGGCGUUGUGAUAAUGAUAAUGACUGUGGCGAUAACAGUGAUGAAGCAGGCUGCAGUCACUCGUGUUCCAGUGUACAGUUCAAAUGCAACAGUGGCCGCUGCAUCCCGGAGUACUGGACCUGUGAUGGAGACAACGAUUGUGGAGACAACAGUGACGAGAAGAGUGCCAACUGCACCAACCAGGCUACGCGUCCCCCUGGAGGCUGUCACACUGAUGAGUUCCAGUGCCGCAUGGAUGGACUGUGUAUCCCUAUGCGAUGGCGCUGUGACGGUGACACCGACUGCAUGGACCUGAGUGACGAGAAGCACUGUGAGGGCGUCACACACAUGUGCGACCCUGCCGUUAAGUUCGCUUGCAGGGAUUCAGCGCGUUGUAUCAGUAAGGCGUGGGUGUGUGAUGGAGACAGCGACUGUGAGGAUAACUCGGAUGAGGAUAAUUGCGAGGCGCUGAUGUGUAAGCUCUCGCACCAUGUGUGUGCCAGCAACGACUCCAUCUGCCUGCCUGCUGAAAAGCUCUGCGAUGGCAACGACGACUGUCCUGACGGCUCAGACGAGAAGCUCUGCGACCUGUGCUCAUUAGAGAACGGAGGCUGCAGCCACAACUGCUCGAUCGCCCCGGGCGAGGGCAUCCUGUGUUCGUGUCCGACGGGCAUGGAGCUGGGCUCUGACAACAAGACCUGCCAUAUCCAGAGCUUCUGUGCCAAGCACCUCAAGUGCAGCCAGCGCUGCAUACAGGAGAAGGCCACAGUCAAGUGCGCCUGCUAUGAGGGCUGGGCCCUGGAGCCUGACAACGAGAGCUGCAAGAGCACCGAUCCAUUCAAACCCUUCAUCAUCUUCUCCAACCGGCACGAGAUCAGGCGGAUUGACCUGUAUAAGGGUGAGUUCAGUGUUCUGGUGCCCAGCUUGAGGAACACCAUCGCCCUGGACUUCCACCUCAACCAGAGCUCCCUCUACUGGACAGAUGUGGUGGAGGACAAAAUCUACCGUGGGAAACUGUCUGAUAACGGAGCACUGACCAGUUUUGAGGUGGUUAUUCAGUAUGGCCUGGCUACUCCAGAGGGCUUGGCUGUAGACUGGAUUGCCGGAAACAUCUACUGGGUGGAGAGUAACCUGGACCAGAUCGAGGUGGCCAAGCUAGACGGCACCAUGCGCACCACCUUGCUGGCUGGAGAGGUGGAACACCCUCGAGCCAUCGCUCUUGACCCCAGAGACGGCAUCUUGUUCUGGACAGACUGGGACGCCAGUUCUCCCAGGAUAGAAGCUGCUUCCAUGAGUGGCGAUGGUCGUCGCACCAUCCAUAGAGAAACUGGCAGCGGAGGAUGGCCCAAUGGCCUCACUGUUGACUACCUUGAGCGCCGUAUUCUGUGGAUUGAUGCCAGGUCUGACGCCAUCUACUCAGCUGCCUAUGAUGGUUCGGGCCUGAUCGAGGUUCUGCGGGGACAUGAGUACCUGUCCCACCCUUUUGCUGUCACCAUGUAUGGAGGGGAGGUUUACUGGACAGACUGGCGCACCAACACACUGGCCAAGGCCAACAAAUGGACUGGACACAAUGUGACUGUAGUGCAGAGGACCAAUACCCAGCCAUUUGACCUGCAGGUCUACCACCCGUCCAGACAGCCUCAGGCUCCUAACCCUUGUGCUGCUAACGAUGGAAAGGGUCCGUGCUCUCAUCUGUGCCUCAUCAACUACAACCAGACCUUCUCCUGUGCCUGUCCACAUCUUAUGAAGCUGCAAGCAGACAAGCACACCUGCUACGAGUCUCGUCAGUUCCUGCUAUAUGCUCGUCAGAUUGAGAUCAGAGGGGUGGACAUUGAUAAUCCUUAUUACAACUAUAUCAUCUCCUUCACCGUGCCUGUUAUUGACAACGUAACAGCAGUGGAUUAUGAUGCUCUGGAGCAGCGCAUCUAUUGGUCUGAUGUGCGGACUCAGAUGAUCAAGAGAGCUUUCAUCAAUGGGACAGGCGUGGAAACAGUGGUGUCUGCUGACAUUCCUAAUGCUCAGGGCCUGGCUGUGGACUGGGUGUCCAGGAAUUUGUUCUGGACCAGCUAUGAUGCCAGCAAGAAGCAGAUCAAUGUGGCCCGUCUGGAUGGCUCUUUUAAGAACUCUGUCAUUCAUGGACUGGACAAACCCCACUGCCUGGUGGUCCACCCGAUGCUUGGAAAACUCUAUUGGGCUGAUGGAGACAACAUCAGCAUGGCUAACACAGAUGGCACCAACCGUACUUUACUCUUCACCAAUCAGAAAAGUCCUGUGGGGCUCUCCAUUGACUUUCAUGAGGAGAGGCUCUACUGGAUCAGUUCAGGCAACAGCACCAUAAACCGCUGCAAGCUGGACGGCACAGGCCUGGAGAUCAUGGAAGGAGUGAAGGGCAAACUGACCAAAGCCACAGCUCUGGCUGUUAUGGGAGACAAGCUGUGGUGGGCGGACCAAGGCACAGACCAGGUGGGCACCUGUGACAAGAAUGGAGGCAACUGGAAGAUUCUGAGAAACAGCACUUCUCCUGUGAUGCAUAUGAAGAUCUACAAUGAAACAGUGCAGCAAAAAGGUACAAACUUGUGCACUAAGAACAAUGGGGACUGCUCUCAGCUGUGCCUGCCCACCUCCCCUACCAGUAGAGCUUGUAUGUGCACUGCAGGCUACAGCCUGAAGAGUGGCCAGCAGUCCUGUGAAGGUAUGGGCUCGUUCCUGCUUUAUUCAGUGCAUGAGGGCAUCCGCGGCAUCCCUCUGGACCCGGCCGACAAAUCUGAUGCUCUUGUGCCAGUGUCGGGCACCUCUUUGGCAGUGGGCAUUGACUUUCAUGCUGAGAAUGACACCAUCUACUGGGUGGACAUGGGUCUGAGUACUAUCAGCCGAGCCAAGAGAGACCAAACCUGGAGAGAAGAUGUGGUCACCAAUGGAAUUGGACGCGUGGAGGGCAUUGCCGUUGACUGGAUCGCAGGGAACAUCUAUUGGACAGACCAGGGCUUUGAUAUGAUUGAGGUGGCCAGGCUCAAUGGCUCCUUCCGCUAUGUGGUCAUCUCCCAUGGUCUGGACAAACCCCGUGCCAUUGCCGUGCAUCCAGAGAAAGGGUACCUGUUCUGGACAGAGUGGGGUCAGUACCCACGUAUUGAGAGGUCUCGACUUGAUGGUUCUGAAAGAUUGGUCCUGGUCAAUGUCAGUAUCAGCUGGCCCAAUGGCAUCUCCAUUGACUAUGAGGAGGGUCUGCUGUAUUGGUGUGAUGCUCGUACAGACAAAAUUGAGCGCAUAAAUCUUGAGACAGGAGGUAACCGGGAGCUGGUUUUGGCCGUUCAUAAUAUGGAUAUGUUUGCCGUGUCCGUGUUCGAAAACUACAUCUAUUGGAGCGACAGAACACAUGCUAAUGGCUCUAUUAAGAGAGGAAAUAAGAACAACGCCACUGACAUGGUCUAUUUGAGAACAGGGAUUGGUGUGCAGCUCAAGGACAUCAAAGUCUUCAACAGAGCAAGGCAGCAAGGCACCAACAUCUGUAAGGAUAACAACGGUGGCUGUGAACAGCUGUGUCUGUACCGUGGUAAUAACGCACGUACAUGCGCCUGUGCUCACGGCAUGCUGGCUGAUGAUGGUCGCACCUGUCGUGACUAUGAGGGCUACCUGCUGUACUCAGAGCGUACCAUCUUGAAGAGCAUCCACCUAUCAGAUGAAACAAACCUCAACGCGCCCAUAAAGCCUUUCGAAGACCCUGAUCACAUGAAGAAUGUCAUUGCCCUCACAUUUGACCACAGGGGUGGAGGUGGCAAAGGAGCUAACCGGAUCUUUUACAGCGACAUACACUUUGGCAACAUCCAGCAAAUCAACGAUGACGGUUCUGCCCGCAAGACGAUCGUCGAGAAUGUGGGCUCAGUGGAAGGUUUGGCAUAUCACAGGGCCUGGGACGCAUUGUACUGGACCAGCUACACCACCUCCACAAUCACUCGGCACACCGUGGACCAGACACGCAGCGGAGCGUUCCACAGGGAGACAGUGGUCACUAUGUCCGGAUCCGACCACCCCCGAGCCUUUGUACUUGAUGAGUGCCAAGGGCUGAUGUUCUGGACUAACUGGAAUGAGCUGGCUCCCAGCAUCAUGCGGGCAUCUCUGUCUGGGGCCAAUGUGCUGGUGAUUGUAGGCAGUAGCAUCCGCACACCCAAUGGUCUGGCUAUUGACCACCGGGCAGAAAAGCUCUACUUCUCCGAUGCCACGCUGGACAAGAUUGAGCGCUGCGAAUAUGACGGCAGCAACCGCUUUGUGGUCCUGAAGAAUGAACCUGUGCACCCAUUUGGCCUAGCUGUGUAUGGAGAGUACAUUUUUUGGACAGACUGGGUGCGCAGAGCUGUGCUCAGAGCCGAUAAGUAUGGCAGGGAUAUGAAAGUGCUGAGAGCUGAUAUCCCCCAGCAGCCCAUGGGCAUCAUCGCCGUGGCCAAGGACACCAACAGCUGCGAGUUCUCUCCAUGUCAAACUAAUAAUGGCGGAUGUGAAGAUCUCUGUCUGCUGACCUCAGAGGGACGGGUGAACUGCAGCUGCCGUGGGGACCGCAAAUUAGUGGAUGGCAACACCUGCGUUGCGGAAAACACGACUUGUCACAGCGUGGAUGAGUUUGAGUGUGGAAACGGAGACUGCAUCAACUACAGCCUGACCUGUGAUGGCCGCGCUCACUGUAAAGACAAAUGGGAUGAGAAGCCAGCAUACUGCUCUAACCGUGGGUGUAAGAAGGGCUACAGGCGCUGCCUGAACGGCCGCUGCAUCAAACACAUCUCCUGGUGUGAUGGCACGGACGACUGCGGAGACCGCUCAGAUGAGCUGCCUUGCAACAUGACCAUGUGUGGUGCGUUGGAGUUCCAGUGUAAGGAUGGGUCCUGCAUCUCCAACACUAGCCGCUGCAACCAGGUGGUGGACUGUGAAGAUGCCAGUGAUGAAAUGAACUGCAGCCCCACUGACUGCUCCAGCUUCUAUCAACUGGGAGUAAAAGGCGUGACCUUCCAGAAGUGUGAGUUCACUACGCUCUGCUAUGCUCCCUCCUGGCAGUGUGAUGGCUCCAACGACUGUGGGGACUUCUCUGACGAGAGGAACUGCCCAGCGAAGAGGAAGCAGAAAUGUCCGGUGAACUUCUUUGCCUGCCCCAGCGGCCGCUGCAUUCCUAUGAGCUGGACCUGUGACAAAGAGAACGACUGUGAGAACGGAACAGAUGAGACACACUGCGAUAAGUUCUGCUCACCGAAUCAGUUUGAGUGUGGGAAUCACCGCUGCAUCUCCAGCUCCUGGGUGUGUGAUGGUACAGAUGACUGUGGAGACGGUACAGAUGAGGACAGCCGAUGCAAUUCUAAGACAUGCAGUCCAGAGGACUUUCACUGUCCCCACUCUCACAUGUGCGUGCCUCAACGCUGGAAGUGUGAUGGAGACAAAGACUGCCCAGAUGGGGCUGACGAGGGAGCCAAGGCUGGCUGUUCAACCAAUACAACCUGCGACGAUGUAGAGUUUCAGUGCCAGAAUAAGCAGUGCAUUCCCAAGCACUUUGUGUGUGAUCAUGACUUGGAUUGUCGUGAUGGAUCAGAUGAGUCUCCAGAAUGCGAGUACCCCACUUGUGGUCCUAACGAUUUCCGCUGCGCUAAUGGUCAGUGCCUGAAGCAGAAGAACUGGGAGUGUGAUGGCGAGUUCGACUGCCAUGACCAUUCAGAUGAAGCACCCAAGAAUCCUCACUGCUCUGAGCCGGAGAAGCGCUGUAAUGACACAGCACACCUGUGCAACAAUGGGAAGUGUGUGAGCGAGCAGGUGCUAUGUGACAGGAAGGAUGACUGUGGAGAUGGCUCAGAUGAAAACAACUGCUUCGUCAAUGAGUGUCUGAACAACAAGCUCAGCGGCUGCUCUCAGCUCUGUGAGGACCUCAAGAUUGGCUACAAGUGCCGUUGUGAGCCAGGAUUCCGGCUGAAGCAUGAUGGGAAGACGUGUGUGGAUGUGGAUGAGUGCACCACCACCUACCCCUGCUCUCAGCGCUGUGUAAAUACACACGGCAGCUUCCACUGCUUCUGCGUGGAUGGCUACAUUAUGCAAGCUAAUGACUCCACUCGCUGCAAGUCUGUGUCCGAAGAGGAGGCUUUCCUCAUCUUCGCUAACCGCUACUACCUGAGGAAGUUGAACCUGGAUGGCAGCAACUACACCCUCAUCAAACAGGGUUUGAAUAAUGCCGUGGCACUGGACUAUCACUAUGCUGAGCAAAUGAUCUACUGGACGGAUGUGACCACACAGGGCAGCAUGAUCCGCCGCAUGCACAUGAAUGGCAGUAACAUAGAGGUGCUGCACCGGACUUCACUGAGUAAUCCGGAUGGGCUGGCUGUGGACUGGGUAGGUGGUAACCUCUACUGGUGUGACAAAGGCAGAGAUACCAUCGAAGUGUCUAAGCUGAAUGGGGCUUAUAGAAGUGUGCUGGUAAACACUGGCCUGAGAGAACCAAGAGCUGUGGCUGUGGACGUGCGAAAUGGCUAUCUGUACUGGUCAGACUGGGGAGAUAUCCCUCAUAUUGGCCGUAUUGGAAUGGAUGGCACUGACCGGCGCAUCAUCAUUAAGGACAAGAUCACCUGGCCAAAUGGCCUGACUCUAGACUUUAUUAAUGACCGCAUAUACUGGGCCGACGCUCGCGAGGACUACAUUGCCUUUGCUAGCUUGGACGGCACCAACAGACACACUGUGCUGAAUCAUGACAUCCCACACAUCUUCGCCAUGACUCUGUUCGAGGACUAUAUCUACUGGACUGACUGGGAGACCAAAUCCAUCAACAGAGCUCACAAGACCCUGGGUAUCAACAAGACCAUGCUGAUCAGCACCCUGCACAGACCUAUGGACAUCCACAUCUACCAUCCAUACCGACAGCCUGAGGUAACGAAUCACACAUGUCAGGUGGAUAAUGGAGGCUGCAGUAACCUGUGUCUGCUCUCUCCUGGAGGCGGCUACAAGUGUGCCUGCCCUACCAACUUCUACCUGGCCGCAGAUGGCAAACAGUGCUUGUCUAACUGCACGGCUAGUCAGUUUGUGUGUAAGAAUGAUAAGUGCAUCCCCUUCUGGUGGAAGUGUGACACUGAAGAUGACUGUGGAGACCGUUCGGACGAACCUGAAGACUGUCCUGAGUUUAAAUGUAGACCGGGGCAGUUCCAGUGUGGCACAGGCAUCUGCACCAACCCAGCUUACAUCUGUGAUGGAGACAAUGACUGCCAGGACAACUCAGAUGAGGCCAAUUGCGACAUCCAUGUGUGUCUGCCCAGCCAGUUUAAGUGUACCCACCCAAGUCGCUGCAUUCCUGGAAUUUUCCGCUGUAAUGGCCAGAACAACUGUGGUCAGGGGGAAGAUGAGAAAGAUUGCCCUGAGGUGACCUGCGCUCCAAACCAGUUCCAGUGUGUCAUCACUAAGCGCUGCAUUCCUCGCGUUUGGAUGUGUGACCGUGACAACGACUGUGUGGAUGGCUCUGAUGAACCAGCCAACUGCACUCAAAUGACAUGUGGAGUUGAUGAGUUCCGCUGUAAGGACUCGGGCCGCUGUAUCCCUGCACGCUGGAAGUGUGACGGCGAGGACGAUUGCGGUGACGCCUCAGACGAGCCCAAAGAGGAGUGUGAUGAGAGAACAUGUGAGCCAUAUCAGUUCCGCUGCAAGAACAACCGCUGUGUCCCAGGCCGCUGGAAGUGCGACUAUGACAAUGACUGUGGGGACAACUCGGACGAGGAGGAGUGCGUGCCGCGUCAGUGCUCAGAGAGCGAGUUUGCCUGCACUAAUGGUCGCUGCAUUGCCGGGAGGUGGAAGUGUGAUGGAGACCAUGACUGCGCUGAUGGGUCUGAUGAGAAUGGCUGUGAUCUGAAGUGUGAAGUAGAUCAGUUCCAGUGUAAGAACGGCCACUGCAUCCCCCUGCGCUGGCGCUGCGAUGCUGAUGCUGACUGCAUGGACGGCAGUGAUGAGGAGAGGUGUGAUGUUGCAGUGGAGCGCCUCUGUCCCAUUGACGAGUUCCAGUGCAACAACACACUGUGUAAGCCUCUGGCCUGGAAGUGCGAUGGUGAAGACGACUGUGGGGAUAACUCAGAUGAGAACGCAGAGGAGUGCCGGAAGUUUGUGUGUCCGCCCACCAGAAACUUCCGCUGUCAGAACGAUCGCGUGUGUUUGUGGAGCGGCAAGCGUUGUGAUGGCAUCAAUCACUGCGGGGACAAUUCAGAUGAGUUCAACUGUGAUGAGCAAGUCACCAAGUGUGGGAAGGACCAGUUUCAGUGCAGCAACGGCAAGUGCAUCAGCUCCACCCUGCGUUGCAACUUCUUCAACGACUGUGAAGACUAUGGCUCAGACGAGAUUGGCUGCAAGCUGGACACCACGCUGAAUGACUGUAAGAGUAAUAAGUCUCUGUGUGGAGAGACUGAAGAGGUUCACUGUGUGACAAACAACACAGAUUCCUUCUGCUCCUGCAAGCCAGGCUUCCAGAGCAACGGCUUCAAUAACUGUGAAGACAAAAACGAGUGCAGGCAGUUUGGUGUGUGUUCUCAUAUCUGUAACAACACCAAAGGCUCGUACAAGUGCAGCUGCCACAAACACUUUGUCAAGGUCAACGACACCUGCAAAACUGAUGAUCUGAACGUUAACAGCAGGAAAGUGCUCUACAUCGCUGACGAUAAUGAAAUCCGCAGUCUGGACCUCGGUAUGCCCAACUGGGCGUACGAGCAGACCUUCCAGGGUGACGUCAACGUGCGCAUCGACGCUAUGGACCUGCACGUCAAGACCAACCGCAUCUACUGGACUAACUGGCACACCAGCGGCAUCUCAUCCUUCCAGUUGCCGUCCCUAUCCACACCAUCUGGAUCCUCACCCAACUCCCACCGCAGCAAGAGGCAGAGCGAGAGAUCUGUCACUAACCUUGAAAUUCCAGGUCUGAAGACACCCAGAGGCAUUGCAGUGGACUGGGUUGCUGGAAACCUUUACUGGACAGACUCCGGCCGUGACGUCAUUGAAGUAGCCCAGAUAUCUGGCCAGAAUAGGAAGACCCUGAUCUCAGGGAUGAUUGAUGAGCCCUAUGCCAUUGUGGUGGAUCCUCCCAGAGGGACCAUGUACUGGGCUGACUGGGGCAACCACCCCAAAAUUGAGACUGCGGCAAUGGAUGGCACUUUGAGACAGCCACUGGUGCAUGAGAACCUUCAGUGGCCCACUGGUCUGGCAGUGGACUACUUCAAUGAGCGACUCUAUUGGGCUGAUGCGAAGCUCUCGGUCAUUGGCAGUGUGCGUCUGGACGGCACUGACCCUGUGGUGGCCGUCUCCAAUGUGAAAAACAAGCUCCUCCAUCCUUUCAGCAUUGAUGUCUUUGAGGAUUACAUCUACGGUGUCACCUAUAUCAACAACUAUGUAUUCCGCGUCAACAAGUUUGGCAAGGGUCCAAUGGAAAACCUGACUACAGGCAUCAACCACGCCACUGACAUUGUACUCUACCACCGCUACAAACAGCCAGAGAUGGCGAACCCAUGUGACAGGAAGAAGUGUGAGUGGCUGUGUUUGCUGAGCCCCAGUGGUCCAGUCUGCACCUGCCCUAAUGAUCGUGUUGCUGAUAACGGCACAUGUGUGGAGCUGCCCCCAGCCACUCAGUCCCCCAUCACUCCCUCGUGUAGUGUUCAGUGCCUAAACGGUGGCAUCUGUUUCCUGAAUGCUCGGAGUCAGCCAAAGUGCCGCUGCCCCACCAGCUACAGCGGGGAGAGGUGCGAGAUUGACCAGUGCAGAGACUACUGCAAGAACGGAGGAACAUGCACUGCUUCACAUGCUGGUGCUCCUACCUGCCGUUGCCUGACAGGCUUCACUGGACCCAACUGUAACCUGAACACGUGCAAAGACCACUGCCAAAAUGGAGGCACCUGUGCGGUCAGCCAGGGCAACCAACCCAUGUGCCACUGCCCUGAUGGCUUCUUGGGAGACCAGUGCCAGUACAGGCAUUGCGAUGGUUUGUGUGACAAUGGAGGGACGUGUCUGCAGACAGCCAAUGGGACCAAGCAGUGUCGCUGCACAGCACAGUUCCAAGGGCCCACUUGCAGCGUGGACAAGUGCAUGUACUGUGGAGAUGGCAAGUGUAUGCCAAAGCGCCCCGAAGGAGUGGCAUGCAGCUGUGGUAGUGACAUACUACAGCCCAGCUGCUACAACUGCAAUAACUUCUGCAUCAACGGACUCUGUUCUAUAGAUCAUCGCACCAUGCUUCCACAGUGCAAGUGUCCUUCAGGCUGGCACGGGUAUCGAUGUGAGAUCACUGCCUAUCCUGCAGGUUCUGGAGAUUCGUCUGGAAACGCUGCCUCUGUGAUCAUUCCAGUGCUACUGCUGCUAAUACUGGCGCUCCUGGUGGUUGGCGCCAUCUUGUGGUAUAAGAAGAGAAUGCGAGGGUCUAUGAGGCGGGCCAAGCCCAGCUCCAGAUGCUUGCGUGCUAAGGGAUUCCAGCACCAGAGGAUGACUAAUGGAGCCAUGAAUGUAGAGAUUGGGAACCCUGCAUACAAGAUUUACGAAGGAGAGCCGGACGAUGAUGCCGGAGAGCUGCUAGACUCAGACUUCACUUUGGACCCAGACAAGCCCACUAACUUCACCAACCCUGUGUAUGCCACACUCUACAUGGGCGCCCACAACAGCCGCAACUCUCUGGCCAGCACAGAUGAGAAGAAGGAGCUGCUGUCCGCAGGGGACGAGGACAUGGGCGACCCGCUGGCAUAGAGCCACCCUCCCUCAGAUGCCACUCCCCUUCAUGCCUUUAAACAUCAGAAGAAAAGCAACAACGAGAGUGAGAACACUGUAUAAAAUGUUAAAAAAAAAAAAAAAAAUGAAGGACUACUUUUGUAUGUGAUUGCAGUAUUAUAUUUUAUUCUUUGACAAAU